GCGCAGGGUGGGGGGGCAGGUUCGGGGAGGGGGAGAGGCGCUGGGAGAAGAUCUGCCCUUGGGCACCAGGGGGCCGCCUCGCCAGGCCCGCCAGCCCGGGGCGCACGCGACCCUGUUCCCCACCCCGGCGGCUCCCGGCUGCGGCCCCGCGCCCAGCGCGCCCAGGACGCGCGGUGGCUCCCUCGAAGCCGGGGCGUCUGCACCGACAGCCUCGCGGGGUUGGCACCGAAACCCCAGGGGCGCCAAGUGGACGCGAACAAAUAGUCCCGAAGCGCCUCCUCCGGCCGCGCUGGGGCGUGUGGUCCCCGGCGCGCCUGCGGUGUGGCCGUGCCAAGGCCGGGCCGAACUGGGCGCACGGGCCGGGGCCCGCGGGCUCUAAUUGCAGAGCUUAUGUUGAUGAUGAUGAUUUUUUUUUUCUUAAUCUCAGCAGCCCCCAGUUUAGCGGACUGAUUUACUCCCGGUAUUGGUAAAUAUGAUCACGUGGGCCGCGCGACCAAUGGUGGAGGCUGCAGCCUGCGAACUAGUCGGCCGCUCGGGCGCCGGCGGGGAGCGGCGCGGCGGCGGGCAGUGUAACCUUGGCCAGAGCGCGCGGGGCCGCGGGAUGUCCUCCAGCGGCGCCCUGAGCAACUACUACGUGGACUCGCUCAUAGGCCAUGAGGGCGACGAGGUGUUCGCGGCGCGCUUCGCUCCACCGGGGCCCGGCGCGCAGGGCAGGCCCGCAGGUGUGGCCGACAGCCCCGCCGCCGCCGCCGCCGAGUUCGCCUCGUGUAGUUUUGCCCCCAAAUCGGCCGUGUUCUCCGCCUCCUGGUCCGCGGUGCCCGCCCAGCCCCCGGCGGCGGCGAUGAGCGGCCUGUACCACCCGUACGUGCCCCCGCCGCCCCUGGCCGCCGCCGCCUCCGAACCCGGCCGCUACGUGCGCUCCUGGAUGGAGCCGCUGCCCGGCUUCCCGGGCGGCGGGGGCGGCGGGGCCCCCGGUCCCAGCCCCGGUCCUGGCGGCGCCCCCAACGGGCGACACUACGGGAUUAAGCCUGAAACCGGAGGAGCCCAGAGCCCCGCCGCCGCCGCCGCCGCCGCCGCCGCCGCCGCCGCCGCCGCCGCCGCCGCCACCUCCUCCUCCUCCACUUCCUCGUCUUCCUCCUCCAAACGGACUGAGUGCUCCGCGGCCCGGGAGUCCCAGGGGAGCGGCGGCCCUGAGUUCGCAUGCACCUCGUUCCUACGGGACAAGGCAGCGGCGACGGCUGGGGGAAGCGGGCCUAGGGCAGGGAUCGGGUCCGGGGCUGGCUCCAGCUCCGGCUCCGGCUCCGGCUCCGGGGCGGGCAGCUCGUCGGAGCCCUCGGCUUGCAGCGACCACCCGAGUCCGGGCUGCCCGCUGAAGGAGGAGGAGAAGCAGCCGCCGCAGCCGCCGCAGCAACUUGACCCAAACAACCCCGCAGCAAACUGGAUCCACGCUCGCUCAACCCGGAAAAAGCGCUGCCCCUACACCAAAUACCAGACGCUAGAGCUGGAGAAGGAAUUCCUCUUCAACAUGUACCUCACCCGAGACCGGCGCUACGAGGUGGCGAGGAUUCUAAACCUCACAGAGAGACAGGUCAAAAUCUGGUUCCAAAAUCGUAGGAUGAAAAUGAAAAAGAUGAGUAAGGAGAAAUGCCCCAAAGGAGACUGACCCGGCUGAGCUGCGGCCCAACCACUCUGUUUAGCCAAGGCGGUGGGGUUUCUUUGUGGGUGCUUGGCUUCCAGAAUCUCUCCAGCGAUUUGGACAACCUUCCCCCCUAUUAUUAUUAUUAUUUUAUUUUAUUAUUAUUUUUUUUUAGGUAGAAGUGACUGUGUGGUUGAUCUCUGUGAGGUAUUGGGGGGAACUCCAUUUGCUCACCAAUGUGUUGGAGAAAUCAAGUGGCUUUUGGGGUUUUGCCCUAUUCUGUGCCCACUCCCUCUCUCACCCUUUUGGUUCCUUAGGAAAUGCUACAUUUUGUGAGUGCACGCUGGCUUGAGGAACCCUCUCCUACGUAAAUGUACCCCAUGUUUCUGAAAAGCAGUGCUGUAGUUAGCUGCCCACCCCACCAGAGCUGCUCAAGCAGGGCCCAGGAGCACCCCUAUUCCAAGAAUGAAGGCAGAGCAAAGACACCCGUGGAAGCCGCUGCAGGCUGAGGCCCAGCCAGGUUGCCUACAGGUUAUAAAGCCCCCUUUCCUCAGGGAGCCUGUGGGCCCUGGACUGAGACUUUGAAUGAGGCUGAGCAAGAUGUCCAGGGACUUGUUCUCAGUGCACUGGAGAAGCUGUUCUCUCCCCGGGAGGGCUGGGCUCGCGUGGGCAGCUGCGGGUGGAAACUCUCCCGGUUCCUGCUCGAGGACCAGUUGUAAAUGUUACCGCUUCGCUUCCUACCAAUAAAUGCUGACCUGAUCAGAUGGAGCCCAGACGCUGGCCCUGAACACUG